AAAAUUGCUUAAAUUAAUAUUAUAACGAUAUUUUAUUAAACUAAAACCGUGAAAUAGUUGUAACCAUCUGGUGUUUGUUAAUUUGCCUUCUCCGUCUCUCCUCUUACGAAGCUCAGCUCAAUCUCUCUCUCUCUCUCCAGCUCCGUGUAUUUUCUCGUCUGCAAAUGGAGAAGGAUUUUGGAUCUGACUCCGAUGAUGUAAAGCUUGAAGAGGAAAAGCCUAAAAUCUCUGAACAAGAAGAACCAGAAAUAGAAAGCGGUGGAGAAGAAGAAGGGCAGGUCAAACAUUAUUCCAAGUCAACUUGCCAGAAUUUGUCCAACACCAGACCCGAAAUGAUGCCAACAUCUGCUUCAACCACUACAGUUCCUGCUGGGGCUCAGCUUACCAUCUUUUAUGGUGGGAGUGUUAAGGUGUUUGAUGGAAUUUCUGAAGAAAAGGUCAAAGAAAUUCUACGCAUAGCUGCUGCCGCUGCCACCAUCAAGUCUGGUGAUGCGAAGACUAUUGAGGCAGACAAUGCCUCCAGCACCCCGCUUCAGGCAAGGUCGCCUGCCCUGCAAAAUACUGCAGCUGCAAUGGGUUCACUGUUGGCCCAGCUAUGCCCUACUCCGAAGAGCACCCUUUGCAAGAUGCAAGCUGAAUUUCCAAUUGCUAGAAGGCACUCCCUGCAGCGGUUCUUGGAAAAGCGACGGGACAGGCUGGUUAACAAGAACCCAUAUCCUUCUUCACCAGCAAUGAAAGUAGAAAAUGACAUGCAAAGUUAACCUCCGCCGUAAAACUUCAGAUUGCUUCAAAGAACAUGUUCAGGAAUCAGGAGGAAUAUUAACCACUUCUUACUUCCAUCUUGCUUGGACUAGUUACACAAAGUCUUCACUAGAUCAUGGGGAACUUUUUAAUAUUGUAAAAAUAUAUAUCUAUAUAUAUCGACCUUGUGACAUUUAUCAAAAAGUAGUCACCUGCUUGUAGUGAUGAUUGACGUGCUUUGUGACUUUAUGUGGCGUCAUACAUAUAAUAUCCUAAAUAUGUCUCGUGGUCAUAGUUCUUGA